CAGUCCCCCCUCGUUUACAGGCCAUCCUUUUUUCGCCAGUAGGCUUGCUGGCCCGAAAAAAACAUUUAUAACUUCCAAUUAGCGCAUUGUAGUCAUACGACCCCGUAACUACACCAUCUUCCAAUUAUUUAUAACACCACUGUCGCUCCUUCUCAAUAUUGCCAAUCUUUUUAAUAAUUUCUUUCAUCAACUUUCCAACAGUGCCUUCAGCAUCUGUUACCUCGAACAAUACCUUUUCAUAUCAAUCUUCCUGACAAGAUGAACUCAACACAUCAAUUCCCCGGUCGCUCGACCGAGUACAACGCAGGGGCUUAUGGUCGCGAUGGCGCACCCGCUCAAAACUUCAUGUCCUCUGUUGCACCUGCUCACCGCCAACCGGGGCCACAACGGCCUAACAUUGCCCCUUCAGAGCGUCCUCUUCCCCCGAUGGAUCGCUUGUCUCCUACAUCACGUUAUGCACCUCAAGCCCCGUCCUCCCACGAUGCCGAAAAUCCAUUCAUUUCUCCUCUUGAUCCCAAGCUGCCUCCCCCCAAAGCGGCCUUCCUCGAGCCGACCUCACCCACCUCACAUACCUUUGAGCCUCACACAUCCGUCGGAUUGAUUCACGGCGAAUCAGAGAAGCCUUCGACAAGAGAAGAUUUCUAUCGUCCCGGUGCCCAAUGGAAAGAUUUGGACCGAGCCAAGCAGCAAGAAUCCAGUAAUUGGCUCAAAAAACAAUCUCAGGCUGGCUCAAAGUUUAAAACGAUUACUUGGAUUGUUGCAGUCAUUGCUCUGGUGAUCAUAGGCGCCCUGAUUGCCAAGAUUGUGACGAAAAAAUCCGAGCCUGUGACAGCCCCAGCGCCACUGAAAUGGGCAAAUGGGGCUACUCAUGUGCCGACCUUCGGAGCAAACGCCACCACCACAGCCGUCCCGACCGACACCUCGAAAACCGCCAAAACAGCCCCCGAUUCACCAACAAGCAGUCCUGCCUCCACCUCCAAAAUCUCAAGCUCAAAACGACACUUGGUAGUCCUUGAUUGACCCUACUCCUUUUCCCCCGACUCGGAUCAUCUCCCCCGGUACUCCUUGUUUUGCUCGCUUGAAUAUAUUAUAUAUCAUCCAGUCCUGCUCCUGUGCCCAUUCGAAAUUCUCUUCGCUAUCUUUCUCUCGUUGCCAACCUUGGCCAUGAGCCCGCACCUAUUCCUCCGUUUGUGCUAUGAAGGCCAUCAGGCAGAAUCUUCUGAGCUUCAUCAUGACUUGUACUCUUUAUACCCUCACCUCUUCACUUCAAACAUUUUGGGAACAUUGUCUUCUUUUUUUCUUCUUCUUUUUUUUGUUGCGGUGGGGGGUUUAAUUUAAUUAAGGACUGCACUUUUGUUGAUUUAUCAAGACCGUCUUAUGAAGUAGGAAAUAUAUUUAAUUAGCUGCCACUAUUACCCAUCUUUUUUCUCUUCUCCUAAUGAUACAUUUUGAC